AUGUCUCUUGCCGGAAUGCGCAAUCUGCUCUCUCAGUGGUUUCCUCCACAGCCAACCUACAUCGAGCAACACGUCCCAUCUCAGAAAGGGAAAGUGUUCAUCGUCACAGGCGCCAACCACGGUAUCGGGUUUGAGCUUGUCAAGAUUCUAUAUGCAACUGGGGCUAGAAUAUACAUGGCAUCGCGAUCCAAGAUCUCUGAGCUUGGGAUGAUUGCCAACUUCCGUGAGACCUGCGAACGUGCCGAGAAAGCGAUAGAGACCAUCACAACCGCCACACCGGCACCCGAAACCCCCGGUACCAUAGUCUUCCUUCCCUUUGAUCUGAACGAUCUGGACAGCGUCAAAGCAGCCGCCGCCAUCUUUGCGCAACAAGAGCCAAAGCUCCAUGUUCUCUGGAACAAUGCUGGUUCAGGCGCUUAUAGAAUUGAAGAAGGCGCCAAAACGAAGCAAGGAUUCGAGCCAAUGGUUGGCAUGCACUGCAUUGCUGCGCAACUGUUUACCCACCUCCUUCUUCCCCGACUCCGAGCAGCCGCCGGAGACGCUCCGAAAAGCUCGGUGCGUGUUGUCUGGACUGCGAGUUUCAUGGCGGAACUGUCGACUGGCGACAAUGGCAUCGACUUUGACCAUCUCGUAGAGGGUACGCCUGAUCGUGCGCUGAACUAUGCCGUCUCCAAGUUUGGUAACUGGCUUCUCGGCCGCGAGAUGGCCUCUCGUUAUGGUUCUGACAAUAUUGUCAGCGUCGUUCAGAACCCUGGUAACUUGAAAGCUGGCGCCUAUGACGGGGUGCCGGCGUUUUCAAUGCUCUUUAUCACUCCCUUCCUGUACGAGACGAAGUUUGGUGCGUACACUGAGCUGUACGCAGGCCUAUCCCCCGAUAUCUCGCUUGAAAAUAAUGGCGCGUACGUUAUCCCCUGGGGCCGCAUUCGCAUCGACGAAGAUAUUCCGAGGAAGGAUAUCGUGAAGGCCUUGAAGCCGGAGGCGGAAGGGGGCCUUGGUUAUACGACGAAGUUCUGGGAGUGGUGCGAGGAACAAUGGAAGCCCUUCCUCUACCAUCUCAAAAUGCAUAAUAUCAACGCCAUGAGACGUGUAUUGAUAACGCCUUACUUGUCUAAGCAUAUGGGUCGCAGACCCGACCUGCAUAGUAGUGGAGCGACGUCGGGUCCGGACCCGGCCUGGCGGAUAGGCGGAAUUACGUGUAGUCCAGUUGAGGAGCCUGAGGCAAUAUUGGGUCGGUAUCUGCACUCUCAGAAGAAUUACUGGCACUGUCGGUCAAGGUCUCAAAACACUUGA